CACACACACACACACACACACACACACACACACACACACACACACUUAAGAUAAAUGACCGCUAUCAUAUGAGGACGCUGUAAUAAGGAACGCAUGUUUACAUUUGGGAGCUGCAGCAGAACAGCAGCGGAGGGGUUAAUGUGCUCCGCAGAGAAUGCCGGGUAUAGAACUCUCUCCGCCCCUCGGCUGGUUAGCAGCAGUACUACUAAGGACUUUCUGCCUGCGCUGCCGCUUACAAUAUGCAUGGAACGUUGGGGAUUUAAAUGGCCACACAUAUAACGGAGGGACGGGCUCGGUGCGGCCAUCGCCUCCCAGGCUGAGAUAGAAUGCAGUGAGGACAUUCCCAUCGGUAUGCUGGGGACAGCAGGAGCUGCAAGCUAGAACCAUAUGAGGUGCUCGGUUCUGUGCUGGUGAAGAAGGUUAUCCAAAGAUUUUUGCUUAACUAGAGGAGACUGGUGUACACGUCUUUGGGACGCACUCCUUGCCAAACUGACAUCUAACCAAUACUUGCCUUGCCUGUCUAGAAACAUCACCAAGAUUCACUCUACCAUCCCGACGGUCACCUACUGCCGAACCUGUCCGCCAUGGAUGAAACCGAGCUGCAGUUGAUGGAGUUUUUCUCCUGGGAAGAAUUUUGUGUCUUUUUUGACGAUUGGUGUGAGAAGAGGAAAACGCUCUUCUUCCUCAGAAAUUACAUCCCGCUAAACAAGUGUAAAUGGGCCGUGGAGAACCUUCAAUGGGAAGUGGUUGAAGCGCUGAAAUAUAGUUCUGCUCGUCUCGCUUGUAAAAAUGUGAACAUUUCCAGCAAGAAAGAAAUGGGAGCACAUAAAGAGAAGAAAGGGCAAAGUAUCCUGGAGGAAGAAGAGCCUAAAGAUCACCAAAGCUGCAGUGCCUAUAUAUUCUUAAAGAUAAGUGAGAAGAAAAACAGCCUUGUGGUCACAAAGUGCCAACUAAGACACAACCACGCACUAUGCCCUCUUGAGUUUGAUUACUAUUUCAAAAAGGGUUUGUUGCUGGCAAACUGCUGUCUUCCGGUACGCACCACCAACAAAAUCUCUAAGCAGUUUGUGGGAGCACAGGAUAUAAAGCGCCUUUUAUCGUACUGCAAAACCAAGGGUCACGGGGUCAUGGACACAUUGCAGUCUCUUGACAGCCUUUUUGAUAAUGAUCCAGAUGCUAAGGUGAAACUGGUAUUCUUAGAGGAUGAAGUUGUGGUCAAGACUGUAUUUAUCAUCACUUCUUCGAUGGUUUCUCUCUGCCAGCGUUUCCCAUCUGUGCUUUUCUUCAACAAGGUCUUGAGUUUCAAUGAAGAAUUUGACUUGUUUAGUUUUCUGUGUGUGGAUGAUAAUAUGCAAGGUAGAGACUGUGCUUAUCUUCUGGUCAAGAAAGGGACACCCAAUGUCUUGCGUUUUACUUCGGCGUCGCUAGUGCAAAGCAUUCCCGAUGUAAAGUUCAAGGUACAAUAUGUGAUACUUGGUGUAGAUAUCGGGGAGAAAGAGGUGAUCAAAGAAAUUUUUCCCCAUGCGGCAGGUCAGAUUUUACGUUCCCAAGUUUUACAGACCUUGCACAGUAAGGCUCAUGAGAUGGGCGUCAAAGAAGAUGAAAAGAUCUGGCCUUUGCUGUGCCGCAUAGCGUCUUCUAAGUCACCUGACGAGUAUAAUCAUGCGGUGAGAGACAUGGGCUUAUACUGUUCCAAAAGCUUUAUGAAAUAUUUUAUGGACCAGUGGCACACGUCUCGUGACAUGUGGGUUGAUAUUUGGGGUUUCAGCUUGGUGCAUCUUGAUACCACCGAGGUUGUCUCUCAGAAUAAGCAGAAGCUAACUGCACAGUUGUCUAGAAAUGCAACAGUGGCCGAAUGUAUUCUUCUUCUUACCAAUUUGCAUUCCAUAAACACAGAAGAACAUUUAAAUGAAAGUGAAAUUGCCUCCCAGUACAAAUCUGUUUGUAAUCCCGAGGCAGCCAGUAUGAUUGAGGAAGAACUUGGCUUCCUAAGGGAUGGUAAAUAUAAUAUCAAACAGACUCCUGGUGGGUAUUCACUCCAUGAUGGUGUAUCUGAAUUUUUUAUGAAUCAAGAUCUCCUAACAUGCAGCUGUACAAUCCAUGUCUCUAGCCUUCUUCCCUGCCGCCACCUCUUUGCCACCCGUCUACAAACUCGGGGAGAACUUUUUGACUUACAAUUGUUAGCAAAGAGCAACGCACCCCUUACAUAGUUAUGCAAGAUUAGAUGCUUUAAAUGAACGAACAGUUUGUUUGAGAGGCAGAAGCCCAUGUGCAAUUGGACCAUAUUAACUCUAUUGAGCCUAGUCUUCAUUAGCAAAGAUAUUUUGACGGGUAUGGGACGUUGGGUCGACACACAUUGGGUCGACAUGCGUUUGGUCGACCACUAAAGGUCAACAUGCACUAGGUCGACAGGGUCGUUAGGUCGGCAUGUGCAAGGUCGACAGGUCAAAAGGUCGACGUGGGUUUCUUGACUGUUUUUGGUGUCGUUUUCUUCGUACAGUGACGGGGAGCCCCAAUUAGUGCACCGCGUCCCCUUGCACUCGCUGCGCUCUGCACAGAUUACCGUUCCCAUUAGUAGUCCACGUGGACUGUAAAGUAUGAAAAAGGUCGAAAAAUUUUAAAAACUUAUGUCGACCUUUUUACCUAUUGACCUUCCACAUGUCGACCUCAUGACCCUGUCGACCUAGUGCAUCUCGACCUUUAGUGGUCGACCCAAUGCAUGUCGACCUAACGACCGCAACCCAUUUUGACUAUGAGCGUAAUUAGUUUAAAUCAUUGACCAAUUACUAGCCACCUCUUUACAACACUGCUCAGCGGUGGAGAUGCUUUACAUUUCUGACAGUUCUCCCUGAGCUAUGUAUCUAUGUCUACACAGCAUUAAAUACAAAUGCUUUUCUUAUUGGAUGGAUAAUAAAAUACUAAACUUUGACUCUCUGCUGUAAGUUUUUCCAAUAAACGCCACAAUUGUUUUAGA